CGCUUUACCCUGCUAAAGGGUUGAGACCGUUAUCACUGCGCAAGCCAUCAUUUACCAGCAGCAGCAGCGGUAGCAUCAACGCUUGUCCACCCCCACCACCCACACCGCACAGCGCCGGCAGCCAUUGCACCAACAACACCACAACCAAUAACAACAACUACAACUACAACAGCAACACAAAUAGCACAACAACAACUACAACAACCAAUAGCCACAGCACAGUAGGCGCAACCACAUGCAAUAAUCACACUAACCAACACAAAGCGAAAGGUGGCAGCACAACCACAACAACAACAACAACAACUGCAACACAUACGUUAGACGCGCUAGGUACACCAACAGCCAGCAGAAAGGGCAGUACACCGGGCAAUCCAUUGCAGGUGAAAUAUUUUGAAUUCCCACCGAAUCUCGCGCUACUAGCAACCGGUUCAACACCAUCGCUGGCGACAACAACAGCCGUCGCUUUAGCCGCAUCCACCACAAGCACCCCUGCACUCACAUCCGCCACUAAUUCACCCAAACAUUUCUACCAACCACAACAUCACUCACACUAUUACCAACCGCAUUUGCAUCAACAUCAACACCCACACCACCAUCAUUCCAGCAAAGUCAACGCACAUCAACAGUCGCAACAUCAAAUAGCACAAGAGUCGCGCCAACAUUACCAACACCACUCAAAGCAAUCGCGUGCCGAAUUCGACACCGAUUUUAGCAGCGAAGCCGAGGAGCAACUAAGCCCGCCGUCAGUCCUAAACGAAGCGGGUGUAGAAGUCGUUUUAGCCACGCCACCAGCAAAUAAAAUGGGCCGACGCGAAAUUAAGCGGUCGAACACCAGCGGUUCAACCAUAAAGUCCUACGAUGGUGGUAGCGCAACCACAAAUUUUGUGGGGAAAUUCACGCAGAGUGUCCGUCGCAUUGUACAAGAUGUCAAGGACGAGGGAGCGCCAAGUGGCAUGACACGCGACGAGGUAAUCGAUACCAAUGAACGUUUAAGAGCACUACGCUUGCGGCUGGAGGAGUCAUAUGAGACAGCUAAGAAAGCGCUUAUAACGCUCAUGAAUAAAUAUGGCGAUUCGAAGAGUCAACGCAAUGUGUUCCAGCGUUAUCCAAUGCUGAAGAUGAUGAUAAAAGACGUUAUACGCUUAGAGACGCAAUAUUGGACGCUGAUUGACAUACCCAGGCAGGAGAAACAAGAGACCGUGCCCUCAUAUGUGAUGCGUGCUUGUGCGAUUAUGGAGAAGACACAGAAAUCCGGUGAAGGUGUGAAGACUUCAGCCAAAUUGGCCGAGGAGGCAGCGGAGAAGCGCGAACGCAUGGAACGUUUGGAAGUUAUGACCACCGCACAAAUCGAACACGAGAACACACAACUCAUAAAUGAUUUAUAUCGACUGCUGAAAAAAUAUUUGGGUCUGCGGCAUUUAAUCAGAGUGCUCAAGGAAGAUUAUGGCAGCUCCAAAAUGUAUCCGAUUUUCCCGCGUUACACAAUGCUCAAAGACAUGAUCAAAGGCAUUAUGCACGAUCCGGACUACAUGGAAGUUUGUCAUGAAAUCAACAACUGAACCGCGCAUUAAAAUAUUAUAGAUGAUUAAACAAAAAGUUAAUCCACGAUAGCUAUUGCAUGUAAAAUAUCAGCUGAAACCUAUAUGUAGCUACACACAUACACUAAGGAGCAAAAAUAUGUAGACAAAUGCAAGAAAAACAGAAAAGCCGAAUAUUUAGAUACAAUUUUUAUGCGAAACUAAAGCCAAAACAAAUAGCCAAGUAAUAUUUGGAAUUAGUAAGACAAAUACAUAUAGCUCUAUGCGUGUGUGUAUCUAAAUUUCAUAAACUACAGCGUUUAAAGCGGUUCGUAAGGCUUAGACUUUAAGUUAAAUUAACAAAUAAAUGAAACAAGUAUUAAAUUACAUUAAAUGGCUUUAUAAAGCAGUUCACUAGCCAACAUAAGUACUUAAAAUGUAACAAUUUAUAUACAAACAAAUCAACAAACAACAGCAACUUACCAAACAAGAAUUUAAACUAUU